AUUCUGUUCGAGACAGAGCUGAAUGACGUCCUGAAACGAGAUGUCUCUUGGUGGGUCGACAGCCUUGUCGCUGAAUAUAGCGAUACUACGACUAAAGACGACCAAAGAGACGACUACAAAAGCAAUGAAGAAGAAAGUGGUAGUGAAGAAUGUGAAGACGAAGAAAGUGAAGACAGAAAGGGUGACCACGGAGAAAGCAAUGACAGGGAAAUACUUCCCAAGAGCUAUGAACCAACGCGAAAGAAAAGCCAAGCAAGGGGUGCAAAUGUCGAAAUAGUGAUUGUAUUAACGGCUUUAAGUCGCCCAAAGAUUUGUUGCAUGUUUAAAACAAAAACAGCUGCCAGAGAAGUGAGGAUUACGUCGAAGGCGUCCCUCUCGACCAUCUUGACCCAAUACCUUUUCACCAAUUUCAUGUGGAAUAUCUCGAAGUUCCUUCCAAGAGACGGUAUGGAUUCAGGUCCCGAUGGAGUCAAACAAGAUGUAGAGAUAGAAGGCCUACAGACUUUCGACUCGAUCGACUUUGCUAAGACAUGGCUCCGAUCCCAACUUCGCCACCGUAAACUUACCAAAGUCAUUCGAAGCAUGAAAUCAUACGGCCUAGGGAGCCUAACUGACAUCCUUCUUUGCAUGAUCCCGGCACUCAGGUCUAGGAAUCUCCUGCCUGACCAGGCAAUUCUCAGACUAAUGCCUCGUGUUCGCCCUGGGCGUGGAUGGGUAAAAACAGCGACCUGUCACAAGAAGCUCGUUGAAACAAUUAAGACAAAGGGCGAGAAGCUCAACGAAGAUGACAAGUUGAACGUUGCCAUUGCUGUGGCUACAGUCGACUUCUUGUCCUCCGCUCAUGAACCGUAUGAUGAACAGAUGACGCCUCCUUCGGACUUGUGUCGAGAGCUGGAAGCUAUUGAAAGACAUCUCAAAUCCCCCAAGUUCGCCGGCAUCAUGGCAAAGCUCGAACCUGUUUACCGCCGCCAAGACCGUCACGAAAUAUUUUCCAGAAUUCUCAAGAAGCUAGGACAUACGAAGUUGAUCACCCAGCUUCUGCAUAUGGGAUCGCGUUCAAAUGAGCUCGACGAGGCUGGAAGAUUUCCUGUUGACCAUCUUGUGGAAAAUACGACAAGACAAAGAGACGAUAGCGUUUCUCAGACGCAGCAAAAUACCGAUUCCUCAGUCACUGGCUCUCCCAAUGUUUCUGGGAGCAUGUUCAAUCCCUUGAACGAGGACUGCUUCAACGCACUUUUGAAGUUUGCGAUGGAUCCAAGCUGCCGGUUCAGCAGUGGAAAAUCUUUCCUUCAUAUUGCAGUUGAGGUUGCAGACGACGAUAGCAUCCGUAGUCUACAGGGGGAAGGUCUUAACAUCGAAGCCCAAGACAAUAAUGGGUGCACACCUUUACACUAUGCGGUUAUCGGCGGCCGUACUGAGGUGUCCAAAUUCUUUCUGCGUGAAUUAAAAGCAGAUUCAUUAGCAAAGGACUCUCGCGGCAUCACAGCACUCAUGCCGCUUCAGGGUGGAGAGGAAAGUCUAACAGGCGAGACCCGACUUGACAGAGCACUGUUUGAUGGGAGAGUAGAAGCUGCUCGGUUGCUUCUCCUGCAUGCACAGACAUCAGACUCCCAGAGACUCCGCCGCCUGAAGGAGUUCACCUUCUCCCAAUCCUCUCAGUUCCACGGUUUGAUUGGGAAUAUGUCGCAAGCUCUGCUAGGGACCACUUUAAUUCUCUCAUUCCUUCAUGAGCUUUCUGUCCAAGAGCUUCCAGCCAGCGCUCAAAAGGAAUUCGACAAGUUCGCGGGCGAUCGAAGGCAGGAGACAUGGGUAAAGUCGAAGACCUCUUACCACAUAGCAAUCUUACUUCGCGAUAAGAAGCUUGUACAGAUCUUGAUAGAUCACAGUGUUGAUCAAAAUGGCCUUGACGAAGACAAUUGGUCCUCUAUGGACUAUCUGAAACGUUUCUGCCUCGAGGAAACCUUCAGAAGCCUCUACAACCACUCGAAACCUGGGGAAAUCGAUAAGACACCGACUAUAGGAGUCCCGCCACCCUAA